UGACCACGUUAGUUUACGAAGCCGAAAUCAGCCAGCCAGAUACGCGAUGAUCUCCUAACAAAAUGAUCGUGAUCUGCUGGAAAAAUCUGUCCGACACAAUCAUGUCGAGCAGACGAGUCUCGGCGGUAUGGCUCACCUAAACGAGCUGUGUCUUUUAGAGCAGUUACGUGUUUCUCGCUGGUGGGUGACACAUUUAUUGGGACGCUACAGCAGAUCAGUGUGGAAGCGGACAGAGACAAAGAGAAAAGGCUUUCAUAGCUAGAAUGCUUCGGGCCUAAAAGAAGCCAAGAGGAAAUACAGCAGCGACGAUUGAAGUGUGAAAGCUGCCGAUCAAGAAACUGUGCCUCAAAGUGGACGGUACUAAACGAGAGGGAGCCGUAGCUGGGAAGAGCCAUCGAGUUGUCUGGAAUUUUCUCUCAAUCCUCUUCCAAUGGUUCAUUGGUUGAGGCCAUGGCCUCUCAGUCAGGAUGAACGAAGGUCUUACGGAUGUGGAACGACAUGAAGCAACAUGAACCGUGAAGACCGGAAUGUGCUCCGUAUGAAAGAAAGGGAAAGGAGAAAUCAAGAAAUCCAGCAGGGAGGAGAGGCCUUUCCAGCUAACUCCCCCCUCUUUCCUGAACCUUAUAAAGUUUCCUGCAAGGAAGAUAAACUCUCAAGUCGCAUCCAGAGCAUGCUGGGAAAUUACGACGAGAUGAAGGAGACCAUCGGUGAACCCCCAAUGUCCAAGCUCAUUCCCAAAGCCUCCAGCUCCUCCUCCGACGAUAAAUCUGGCCAGUACAGUGACCAGCGCGGAGGCACCCAGAGUCAGAACAGUAAAUGGACUCCAGUCGGCCCGGCUCCUGGCGGCGGCAUCACUUCCACGUCCUGCUCUUCCUCCUCCUCACAGAAGCGUUCAUCUGUGCAGGGCAGCAGCCAGCGGUCUAGCAGCGGCGGUCAGCGGCACGAGCGAGACUACAGCAGCAGUGGCAGCAGCAAGAAGUCCAGCAAGCACGGCUCCGAGCACAAGUCCCACUCCACCUCCAGCCCGGCCAAGGGCUCCAUGAGCUCCGUCAGGGACAGACGACAAAAGUCGCCCAGAGACAGAGAAGCCAACUGGGACUCACCCUCAAGAGUUCAUUCCUUCUCCAGCGGACAACAUCCCAGCCAGACCUUCCCACCCUCACUCAUUAAACCUAGCUCCAUGCUCCAGAAACCCACCGCCUACGUGCGGCCCAUGGACGGCCAGGAAACGGCGGAGCCCAAGACCUCUUCGGAGUCGUACGGCCAGUCGCACAGCAGUGCCGUGGGAGAAAUGAAGCCCAAUGGCAAGGCUUCUCUCACCAAGCUCAAGAUUCCCACGCAGCCUGUCGAUGGUUCAAUGGGAGGAGAUGCGAGCUGUGUUGAUGAAAUUUUAAAGGAAAUGACUCAGGUCUGGCCUCCUCCACUGACAGCCAUUCACACCCCCUGCAAGACGGAACCUUCCAAAUUCCCCUUUUCCACCUCAAAGGAUGCCCAGCACCUGUCUUUUGGGGCACAAAAAAAAAUCUCAGGGAAGAGCGCAUCCACCAGUCACCCGUCAAAGCCAUGUGACAGCGACCAGUCCAACACGCUGCAGGACGAUCUGAAGCUCAGCACCAGCGAAGACAGUGAUGGAGAGCAAGAUCCUGCCAAAAACACUUCCCGAAACACCUCAGCAAGUAACAACAGUAAUAACAGCGAGGGUGCUGAACGAGAGGACACCAGCAGUCACAGCGGUUCGGAGAGCAGCUCCGGUUCUGACAGCGAGAGCGAGAGCAGCUCUACAGACAGUGAGACCAACGAACCGCCUCGUACUGCGUCACCUGAGCGGGAACAGCCCACUGCUAACAAAUGGCAGCUGGACAACUGGAUCAAGAAAGACAACAAGUGGUCCCCAGCUUCUCCGGUGGAGAACAGCAGCACGACGCCAACCAAGUAUAAGAGAGAUGGGCGAGAAACCAACUCGAGCAGGGUCUACAGUGGCCCGGGAUCUAAAGACCCGACACCCUCUUCCGGACGAGAUCUUCGGCCCAACCAGAAGGGGUCAGACAGCUGCCAAAGGCGAAGUCAGAAGUCUCCCGCUCAGAGUGAGGGCGGAAGUCAGGGUGGGCGACGAGUUGUGGGCAAGAAGCAGCCCAAAAAGCCAGAGAAGCCGCCUGUGGUAGAGGAGCCAAAGGGUGGGCUGAAGGUGGAGACCGAACCCUCGCCCGAAAUCCCGUCGCACAGAGCCCGCGCGGCCAACAAAGGCCCCCGCAAGCCCAACAUCAAAAAAGAGCCCAAAACCUCCUCUCCUCGACCGGCACCAGACAAACGCAAGAAAGCGCCCAAAAAGUCCCGUGAGAUCGUAGACUCAUCAUCAUCGGACUCAGAGGGCAACAUAAGCGUUCCCUCUUCUUCGCAGACGCCGAGAGAGCAGUAUGCCGAGAACCCGUCCGUCCUGUUCUCGCCCAUGCUUUCCCCACUGAGUGACCCAGAAGGGAGGCCGCCGCCCAGACUGCUGGUGCAGAUAGACCUCAGCCUGCUGACCAGAGUACCUGGACGACUGUACAAGGAAACAGAGGUGAAAGUGGAGAGGAGCUCCCCUGCCGACGGGAAAGAAUUCCAGAAGCAGCCGGGAGAAAAGGGAGCCAGCAAGGGGAAGAGAAAACACAAGAAUGAUGACGACAGUCUCAAACCAGACAGUAAGAAGUCUAAACCGGAUGAGAAGUCUUCACACAAAUCGAGCAGUAAAGACUCAUCUAAGCGUGCUCAGGAUAAAGACAAGGAGUCUGCGCCCUCUCCUUCCAUUACUCUGCAGCCGACAGCCAAAUCAGACCACCAGGGACGCAAGCGGACCCUGAGCCAGUCCUCCAACUCUGUACCCAGCAGCGCCAGCAGCAAAGACAGCAGCAAGAGCAGCUCCACCUCCAGACACCGCAAGGGCGACGAAAAGCAGUUACGCAAGGAAGCCAAGGAGAAAAUCUCUAAAACGGACAAUACCAUCGCAGUGCCGCACCUCUCUGAUGGCUCUAAAUCUAGAUCCAAACUCCUGUUUGAGGACCGGGUUCAUUCGGCUGACCAUUACCUGCAAGAAGCGAAGAAACUGAAACACAACGCGGAUGCUCUGAUGGACCGGUUUGAGAAGGCCGUGUACUACCUGGACGCUGUGGUGUCUUUCAUCGAGUGUGGAAACGCCCUGGAGAAAAGCGCCCAGGAGGCAAAGUCCCCCUUCCCCAUGUAUGCAGAAACUGUGGAACUCAUCAAGUACACUAUGAAGCUGAAGAGCUACAUGGCGCCAGAUGCAACUUCUGCAGACAAAAGGCUAGCAGUGCUGUGCCUGAGGUGCCAAGCGCUCCUGUAUUUGAGGCUGUUCAAGCUACGGAAAGAAAGUGCACUGAAAUACUCUAAAACGCUCACUGAACACUUGAAGAAUUCGUUGAGUAAUACCCAAGCUCCAUCUCCUGGAGUAGCAAACAAAACGGCGGGAAUGCCGUCUCCGGUCUCUCCCAAGCUUUCUCCUGGCAGUGCGGGCAGCUACUCCUCCAGCAGCUCCAGCCAAAGCGUCAGCUCCUCCGUCACCAUCCCUCAGCGCAUCCACCAGAUGGCAGCCAGCUACGUACAGGUCACCUCUAACUUCCUCUACGCCAUCGAGGUGUGGGAUCAGGCCGAACAGCUCGCCAAAGAGCAGAGAGAGUUCUUCACUGAACUGGACAAAGUAAUGGGCCCGCUCAUCUUCAACACCAGCAGCAUGACUGACCUGGUGCGGUUCACGCGGCAGGGCCUCCACUGGCUGCGGCUCGACGCCAAGCUCGUCCAGUAGAGCGGCUGCGCUCUUUCUCCGUAGCCCCCCCCCUCUCUAUGCCUACGCAAAACACUCACACACUCGAUCUGCCUCAGACAUCUCUGUGACACUGUGUUCAUUUCUACACCAGCUUGCCAAAUAAAAAAAAAACGAAAACACUCAGCGCCCUGCUCCUCCACCACAGACCCUAUAAGAGAGGAGGCGGCCGGAUCGCAUGUCUGUCUGCAGAGCCUUCAUACACUGCAUUGUCCCGCUCAUAUCAUUGGCUCGUUUGGGUAAAAAAAAAGCCUCUUUUCUUACUUUGACUGUAAUGGGUUUUGUUGUUUUGCUAGCUGUAAGCAAACAUGAAUAAUAAUUGGAUGUUUAUAGCUUUUUAUUUCAACCAAAGUACCUCCCUUUAACCAAAGGUGCUUUAAAAUUGAGGUUUUAUCAUUUUAUUGUGCCUUGUAUUUGAUAUACAGGAAACUAAGAGACACAAUAUCUUGAAAUACACAUCUAGAGAGGUUGAGGUGAGGGUGUGGAUUGCCAAAGGCUUGUGAAACGAGAAUAAUGGCAUGAGAGCGCAUCUCGACUGAUCAGAUGUGCAGGCUUUCCUCCUUUCGUCUUGUUGCAUACCAGACCAAAAGACUGUUCGGCACCAUAUCAAGGCAUUAUUAUUAUUAUUAUUAUUAAUCUGUUUUGUUUUGUUUGGCCUGGCUCAUCCGCAGAAGCCACUUGGUAAGAUGCAGUUCUAGCCUGUCAGGUUUGUAUACGUCACUACUGCAAAUUCCCAGGCCGAGAUUUUUUUUUUUUAUAUAUAUAUAUAUACGAAAUGUAGCGCUCGCAUAGGUGUCAGUUUCUCACCGUCGAUUUUCUGGUAUUAAACGCAGGAGUAUUUUAUUACUGUGGCUGACGCACCUGGCCUAAUAUAGAUUUUAUUUAGAUAACAACAUGGAUUUCAUUCUUGGAUUUUCGGCAUGGAUACAGGGUUGCAAUACGAGAUGAGAGACGUAUUUCUAUUGUAUAUGAAAAUAUCAUAUUUAAAUAUUUAAUGUGAGUCUUGAGGUUGCCUUUAUAGUGUCAUAGUCACCUGUGUGUUGCAGUUCUUUUUAAAAGAAAUCAGUCAUGCGAGGAUAUAUUUAUGAAGUGUUCUGUUGAGAAUAGCGGUUUAUAUAUGUACAUAUGACAUAGUUAUUUCAGUGCAGACCGGCUCCCGCUGUCCAUACGCAAGGAAAAUCAGAUCAGAGAAGAGGAAGGUGAAAAGUCAAUCCACAAUAUAUGAAAUGCUGGAAACAUAUCGUCUCUUGCACUAGGAUCUUUCCUCUGAUUGGCUCCCAAACUGUUUCAUUUUUAUCGUAUUUGUUUCCGUCUAUGCAGAUGUCUCUUGAUCGGUCCUCGUGAGUAGUUCAAAUGGAAACUUCUAGAGGUUCAAUAUUUAAUGGCUUGUCAUGUUAUUGGGCCUCAACCUUGCAGAAGAAAUCAUUUUUUCAGAGAUUUGGUUUGAGGGAGUCAAUAAAUACAUUCUCUUAUAGGGGUGAGGAUUGUUAUGGAAGCUUGUUUCCACCAUGAAAUAAAAAAUAUAAAAGGUAAUUGUGACUUUUUAUCUCACAAUUCUGACCUUUUUCUCGCAAUUGUGAGUUUAUAUCUCAGAGUUUAAAAAGUCAGAAUUGUGAGAAACUCAAUACUUUGAAAAAAGUCAAAAUUGCGACUUUAUAUCUUGCAUUUCUGACUUUAUACCUCGUAAUUCUGAUUAAAAAAAGUCAGAAUUCUGACUUCAUAAGAUGUAUUUGUGAGUUUAUCUUGCAUUUCUGAGGAAAAAAGUCAGAAUUACAAGUUAUAAAGUCAGAAUUGCGUGAUAAAAAUUCGCAAUUGCAAGAAAGUCAGAAUUGCAACUUUAUCUCGCAUUUCUGACUUUAUAACAAUUCUGACUAUAAUGCAAUUAUGACUAUCUCGCAUUUCUGACUUUAUAACUUGCAAUUUUGAGAAAAAACUCAGAAUUCUGACUUUAUAAGAUGCAAUUGCAAGUUUAUAUCUCACAAUUUUGAGAAAAAAAGUGAGAAUUGCGAGUUAUAAAGUCAGAAUUGUGUGAUUAAACUUGCAAUUGCGUGAAAAAAGUGAGAAUUGCGACUUGAUAUCUCACAUUUGACUUUAUAACUCCCAUUUCUGACUUUAUAAUGCAAUUCUGACUUUAUAACUUGCAUUUCUGACUUUAUAACGCAAUUCUGAUUUUAUAACGCAGUUCUGACUUUAUAUCACGCAAUUGCGAGGGGAAAAAAAGUCUGAAUUGUGAAGUUUUUACUUUUUUUUUUUUUAGUGGUGCAAACAAGCUUCCAUAGUUAGUUAAUUGUGCUUUUAUGUAAAUGAACUCAUGCACUAAUGUGGUUUAUGUACCAGAUUCAUGAACAGAAAGUAACUGCAUAUGAAUAUGGUUGGCUAAAAUGAUAUUCCCAUGGCCUUUUUGCUUCUCAAGACAUGAAGUUGUUGCUGUGUCCUUUGCUUUUCUUUUCUUUUCUUUUUUUCCCCUCAUGUUUUUACUGGUUUUAUCUUUUCUACUAGACUUCAUGAUAGUGCUUUUAGAGGAUUAGAUUGAUUUGAUUUAAAUUCGUCUUUAAUUUUCUUGCUGAUCAUAACUUUACCCAGGGUGAGAUACCUUUUUUAUUUUAUUAUUAUUAUUAUUAUUAUUAUUAUUAUUAUUCUUUCAUCCAAUUGAAAAAUAACACUCGCAUGUUUCUAUUUAAAUACUAAGCUGUACAGAUGUACAUAAAAUUCUCUUUUAGGGUAAAUUUUUACAACAAUUUAACAUUUGUAUUAAUUGUACAUAGAAUGUGAAUAUAUUAAAUGCACAUUUUUUCGUUUUUCAACAGAACACUGUAUGUUGGUAAUGUCAGUACGAUUGUUCCAGUUUCCUGUGCUAUAUGAAUACAGCUUUCUGUCAUUCAAAUGUGAUGUUGGUCAGGUUGAAAUGGGCUAUAGAUGCAGUGGAGGAUGAGGAAGAUCUGCUGUCACCCAUCUAAACGUCACCAGAUCUCCAGCUGUUCUAGAUGUCUGUAUGUACUUCAUUUGAUAGUGAUCUCAAAGCAUUCAUUGGCAAACAGUAUAAGAUCAAUUUAGUUUUAAAAGUAUUGAGAAGAAAGAGAUUGACGAAAAGAAAUCUACAUAUAUAUAUUCGUAUAUGGAUGCAAUAUGAUCUAUGAUUUAAAGGUACUCUUAUGAGCCUCGAUUAUCCAAACUUGUAAUAACUUGUAAUUUAAACUUUUUUUUUUUUUUUUUUUUUUUUUUGGUGAAGUAAGUAUUACUAAUGGAUUUUCUGAGUCUGUUGCGAAUCAUCUUUGUAUUUUGCUGUAUUGAGAAUAAAACAUAUAUGAUUAAAAAAAA